AUGUUGCCGAGGAGAAGAGCUCUAGGAGUUCUUGCGAGAUUCGUGCUUGCCAGGAGCUACAGCAGGAGGGAGACAUGGGGUGGAAAGCCAUUCUUGCAACACCCGCUCGCUCCAAGGAACCGGGGAUGGGGGCUGGAGCUCAAGAUGCUGGAGUGCGUGAGGAAAGGUAAGGUGAUGUUCGCCAGGAAGAUCCUCCCUCUGUGCCUGGAGCGCGGCGUCUUCACCGAGAACACCGAGCUCGCGACGCUGGUGAUCGAGCUCUUCGGCAAGAACAGCUGCCUGGAAGAAGCGCGCGUGACCUUCGAGAGCCUGCCAAGACCCGGCAACAUCGCCUGGCACUUCAUGGUCCAGGCCUACAUCCUGGCCGGGAAGAUCGACGAGGCGCGAGAGCUCUUCGACAAGAUCCCGACGAUCACCGCUCACACUCGCAACGUGAUGCUGGGAGCUUACCUCGCCAAGAACAGGCUCGCCGACGCCAAGGCUCUCUACGAUCGCCGCCCCGUCCAGGAGCUCGUGACGUGGUGUAUCAUGUUUACCGCGCUCGUCAAGAGCGAUCAUCUCGACACCGCGCGAGGGAUGCUCUGGGCGAUGCCAGUGACCAGGAUCGACAUCGCCUGGAACGUAGUGAUCCAGGCCUACUGUAAGAAGGGUCUCUUCGAUCAAGCCAAGGAAGUGUUUGAUUCCAUGCCUGGGCAUUCCAAGAACCCAAUCACGUACCGGAUGAUGGUCACUGCCUAUGCCCAGUCCGGGCAUCUCGCCCAGGCGCGCGAGCUCCUCCGCGAGAUUGAGGAGCUCGAUGGCGUCGCCUGGAACGAGAUGAUCCAGGCGUAUGCCCGGUUUGGGCAUCUUGGCCGCGCGCUGGAGAUGAUGGAUCUCCGCCCGGGACGCACCGACGACGCCUCGCGCAUAGCGAUGAUCCAGGCCGCCGGGAGGCUGGGCAGGAUCCGCGACGCCGAGACGAUCUUCGCCAGCGUCACACUCGAUCGCGUCGCUUACAACGCGCUGCUAACGGCCUAUGCCCGCGCUGGGCUCGUCGACGCCGCCAGGAAGAUCUUCCACGAUCUGGACGACGCCAGGAACGAGACCAGCUGGAGCAACAUGAUCCAGUGCUACGCGCAGCGCGAUCUCGUCCACGACGCCGAGGAGCUCUUCGAUCGAUCGCCAUACGAGUGCGUCGCAGCGUCCACUGCGAUGGUCGGAGCUUACGCUCGAGCUGGGCUUGUGUUCCAGGCCAAGCGCUUGUUUGACAGCCUCAUCUUGAAGAACGCCACCACCUGGGCAGUGAUGAUCGGUGGCUAUGCCCGGAGUGGGCAUCCCAGAGCCGCGAUCCAUUUCUUCCACCGGAUGGUGUUCGAGGGCGUCGAUCCCACUCGCCUGGCUUUCACGGCCGUUUUAACUGCCUGUCAGCUGAAGCGGGCGCGCUACUAUCUCAGCUCCAUGGGCCGAGACUAUGGCGUACCUCCUGGCCUCGAGCACUACCACUGCCUCCUCGAGCUUCUCGGGAGGAAUGCCAAGCUGCUGGAUCGUGCCGAGGAGCUCGUGAACUCGAUGCCUUUCUUUCCUGAUGCUGCUGCCUGGACGAUUCUCAAGCGUGCCUGUGAGGCUCACGGGGACACCGAGCGAGCGGCGAGGAUCACUGUUUCACCAAAGUUCGAGUUUGUCAGUGCCCAUGAUCACGUUUGCAAGCGGGAGAUGAUUCAGUACCUGGAUGAAGCGCUGCCGGACAAGGAUCCCAGUGUCAGAGACUAUGGAAUUCCUAUGGCUCAUCUCUUUACAAUCGGGAGAGAACUGCGACGAUGGGAGAAAUGA